UCCCUUCGCUUCUUCCCUUUCUCCGGCCGGUAAGGUGUCCUCAGCCAGGGCCACCUUGAUACCCAAGACGCCAAGGUGGAUUCCUCCCAGCCCAUCGUGGCAUCGUCCGGUGCCUUGCAACACAUCAUCGCCAACUACCUCAACGGCACCAUCACCAACCUCUCCGCCGCCCUCCAGGAGUCGAGCGAAUUCAUCUCCGGGACCCUGGGCGUCCCGCCCACCGUUGUCUACAGUGGCCUUGCCGCCCUCGUGGCCCUUCCCAUUACCAUGUCGCGGUACGGCUGGUCGCUCAACCGUGAGCAGAGCUUCGGCGCCUCGUCCGGCGGCGUUCCCGACGUCACAAACGAAGACUUUAGCUACAUCACGGCCCAGGAUCUAGACGAUCCCCGCGUCGAAUAUACCGACACCCGCUACUACCCCCGACCACGCUCCAGGGGACCUUCAGAGCCCGAGGACGACAUCCUCCUCAUCAAGAGCAAGGGCGUCACGUAUCCGGCUCACUUCCCUGCGUAUUCGAUCGGUGAUGGCAAGCUAUACGUCAAGGAUGUGCGGGAGCGCAUUGGGCUCCUGAUGGAUCUGCCGUCACGUACGACGCGCCGCAUCAAGCUGCUUUAUAAGGGCAAGCAGCUCAAGGAGUCGUCAGCCCCCGUUCGAGACUACGGAGUCAAGAACAAGAGCGAGCUGAUGGCCGUCAUUCCCGACGUUGAGGACGACAACAGCGGUCGAUCCGAGGACGACAUGAUCAUCGUGGACGAGCCUCGAAAUGACACAAAGUCCUCGCGAUCCCGCAAGAAGAAGAGGAGCAGCAAGAAAAAGUCGGACAAGAACGAGCCCGCUUCCCCCACCAGUCCCGUCGACAGUGGCUCAAACGCCGAUGCUGCCAAUGCGCCUUCGCCCACCGUUGUCAACGCGGCGAUGAAGAAGCUGGACGACAUCUCUGACGAGUUCCAUACCAAUUGGCUGCCGCUGUGCCUGGACUACAUCGAGGCGCCCCCGAAGGAUGCAAAGAAGCGAGACGAGGAGCACCGAAAGCUGUCUGAAUCUGUCAUGCAGCAAAUCAUUCUGAAACUGGAUGGUGUCGAGACCGAGGGCGUUGAUGAGAUUCGACAGAGGCGAAAAGACCUCGUUCGUCGCGUUCAAGAAGUUCUCAAGCGUCUGGAUACUGCUAAAGCCUCAUGAGCUUUGGCACAUAACCCAUUUUCUUUUUUCUUUUUUUUUCCUCUUUCACUGUGAUCCUUUUGGUCUGGGGCUUCAACCUAUGCAUCUUACUUGGGCCGUGUUCAAUUACUACACUGCACAUCACUUCUCUCGUUCUAUCUUCGUUGAAACAUCUAUAUCAUAAGAAAAGACUGGGCAGGGACUUUCUACUGGGAGGCACGGUUUACAAAAGCGACGAAGGGCAGAUUGUGAGCUGGGACGGCGAUUUCGAAGCGCAGCUGGGUCCAUGGGCGAUAUAGACCGUUUUCUGCACGCAUUUGCAUGUUUCUUACCUACAUGAUACUACUAGACAAGAUGCGUCCACUCCUGUCGCAUAUUACGGGGGGAUGGAGAUGCCCUGUAGACAUAUACGAGUAGAAGG